AUCAUCGCUCCCGGCUCCGCCCCAGCUUGGGCGGGGACUUUGCCAUCGACUAUAAGACCUGGAGCGGGGACGCCCAACGCCAGGGCAGAUAUUCCUUCGUCCCCGAGUUGCCGGUCGCGUCCAUUAGCUCCUUGCCGCGGCCCGCCCGUGGAUUCAGGUCCCCAGUUCGAGUCCGAGUAUCUGCCCAGCCUCUCCAUUUAGAGCAGCACGUCGCCGGCGCUGACGAUGGAGCGGCUGACCGUGAAAGCCUACCUGAUGGGCAAAGAGGAGGCGGCCCGGGAGAUCCGCCGCUUCAUCCUGGAGCUGCCCGAUGGCCCGGGUGGCUGCGAGUUGCUGCUCCAACGCGUGGCCGAAGUGUUCCCGGCGCUGCGGCCUGGGGGCUUCCUGGCAUACUACCGCGAUGAAGAUAGGGACCUUAUUGCCUUCUCCAGCGAUGAGGAGCUGUGCAUGGGUAUGUGCUACGUUAAAGAAGGCCUCUUUCGGAUUUACAUAAAAGAGAAGAAAGAAUGUAAGCGGGAGCAUCGUCCCUCUGCCCAGGAGGCUCCCAGUAACGUGGUGCAUCCCAACGUGAUCUGUGACGGCUGCAACGGGCCGGUGGUGGGGAACCGCUUCAAGUGCACCAUCUGCCCCGACUACGACCUCUGCAGCAGCUGUGAGAGCAAAGGGCUUCACAAAGAGCACAACAUGGUGAUCUUCCAAAAUCCCAUCACCGCCUACCAGCCUGAGUGGCUUUCCCGCCGACGGUGGUUUCAGAAGGUGAGACAAGGAGGGAGUAUUCCCCCUUUUGGAUGGAUGCCAGGCUGGGGAUUUGUUUCUUCUCAGUCCCUGAGUCUUCCGCAGGCACAAUCUUGCCCGACUCCCUGCAGCUCAAGAGCAGAACAAGCUAGUACUAAUUCACAACAGGAUCCCCAUGUCACCUUCCUGCAUAAUGUAGGUAAAAAUGUGGCUGCUGUUCUUGGCCCUCUGGGUAUUGACGUUGACAUUGAUGUAGAGCAUGGAGGGAAAAGGAGCAAGGUGACUCCAUCCUGCUCUCAGUCUUACAGUGAGAAGAAUAGCCCUCAGCCAAGUGACUGCUCAUCCAGCCAGAGCCAAGCCCAGAACUCUGAAAUGGAGAUGGCGUCCCUCUCCAAGCAGAUGCAGAAGGUCGUUGUGAAGUGUGCGGUGCAAGUGGAUGAGUGCCCAUCCUCAUCCCAGGACCAGACCGAGGCUGGUAACAGUUCAGGAGGAGAUGAUGACUGGACUCAUUUGUCUUCCAAAGAAGUGGAUCCUUCCACAGGUGAACUUCAGUCCCUACACAUGCCAAAAACAGAUGGUCCCCACUGCGUGGGCCGUUUCCGAGAAGGGCCCACGGGGCUCAGGGAAGCUGCCUUAUACCCACAUCUUCCACCAGAAGCAGACCCACGCCUGAUCGAGUCCCUCUCCCAGAUGCUGUCCAUGGGCUUCUCCGAUGAGGGCGGCUGGCUUACCAGGCUCCUGCAGGCCAAGUGCUUUGACAUCGGGGCUGCUCUCGAUGCCAUCCAGUACUCCAAGCACCCGCAUCAUGCCUGUUAAAAGUCCUACUAUUAACUCCUCAGUUCUCAGUUGCUUUCCUGUAACCAUACUACACUGACCUGUUGUCAGUCCCAGUUUCUCUGGAAAUUAAGCUUAUCUUUGAAGUUUAGUUCUGUGUUCACUUUUUGCUUAGGCCAUCAUGAGCAUCAGUGCACCCACCUCUGACCGUCGUGUCAUUGUUUCAAGGGGGAGGCAGGAAAUAGAUUGAGGGGGACUGGCUCACCUCGGGCCUUGCUUCUUCACUGCUUUGUGAAGGAACAAUUUUGUAAGGAGGAGGAGGAGAGGACAGUUGGGUAGGGGAAGUGAAGGGCCAACUUUGCUUUAUUUCAGUGUUCCCUUAGCUCUGUAAGAGAACUGGUUUGUGUCAGUUGUCUUAAAAUUAAGUGGUGUUAACCUUUCACCUCUGUAACCAAUUCUGCAGUUAACCUUGUGAAGAACUGAUGUUGCUUUCUUUGGUGGAAAAAAUUGCCAUAUCCAACACCGUUCAUUCAAUAAACAUUCAUUCAGCCUUUA